GCGCGCUGCGGGACGAGGGCCGCGCGGCGCUGGAGCAGCUCCUCAGGUUCAUGGGCCACCCGGCCAUCUCCAGCAUCAACCUGACGGCCGCGCUGGGCGCCCUGGCCACCAUCGCCCGCCAGCGGCCGCUCUUCAUGGCCGACGUCAUCCAGGCCUACGAGACCCUGCACGCCAACCUGCCGCCCACGCUGGCCAAGUCGCAGGUGAGCAGCGUGCGCAAGAACCUCAAGCUGCACCUGCUGAGCGUCCUGCGGCACCCGGCGGCGGGCGCCUUCCAGGCGCAGAUCAGCACCCUGCUCCUGGACCUGGGCACCCAGCAGGCCGAGAUCGCCCGCAGCCUCCCGGGGCCGCGCGACGCCCGCAAGCGGCCCCGCGACGAGCCCGACGCCGCCCUCAAGAAGAGCAAGAUGGAGCCACCCCUGGGUGAGGACGAUGAGGACAAGGAGCUGGAGGCGGCACCCAAGGGUGGUGGCACCGGCGGGUCCCCGUCCGACACCGACGUCACCGCCGAGUUCCUGCAGCCGCUGCUGACGCCCGAGAACGUCGCCAACCUGGUGCUCAUCAGCAUGGUGUACCUGCCCGAGGCCAUGCCCGCCUCCUUCCAGGCCACCUACACGCCGGUGGAGUCGGCCGGCACGGCGGCGCAGAUCAAGCACCUCGCCCGCCUCAUGGCCACCCAGAUGACGGCGGCCGGGCUGGGCCCCGGUGCCGAGCAGGCCAAGCAGCUCAAGGAGGAGCCCAAGGAGGAGCGGGCCACCAAGGUGGAGAACGUGGUGAUCAAGAGGCGCCUGUCGGCGCUGGCGCAGGGCCAGGCCAUCGCCGUGGUGGGCGCCGCCGGGGCCACCGCGGGGGACAACGAGGGCGAGGAGGCGCCGCAGGCCAAGCGGCGCCCAGAGCCCAUCAUGCCCAGCGCRCAGCCCAGGGUGUUCACGCGGCUGCUGCUGGAGGCGCCGCUCAUCACUGAGGGCGCCCUGGACGUCGUGCGCAAGUUCUGCGAGGACGAGAGCCGCACGUUCGCCGGCAUGGCCGCCCUGCGCGACCUCAUCGCCAAGCGGCCCUCGUGCCAGUUCCAGUAUCUCCACGUGCUGCUGGACCUCAGCUCCCACGAGAAGGACAAGGUGCGCCAGCAGGCCCUCCUCUUCAUCAAGAGCCUCUACGAGAAGGAGCCCUUGAGGGCCUACGUGGAGAAGUUCGCCCUCAACUACCUGCAGCUCUUGGUGCACCCCAACCCGCCCUCCGUGCUCUUCGGCGCCGACAAGGACACCG